GUCCCAGGAAAAGCACAAUAAUUUGACCCAGAAACACAAACAGUGGUUGCUUUUGUUGGUACCACUGCUAGACUAUCAUCAUCUAGUACGCAGUAGUAGUAGGAGUGGAGUAACUGGUGUCUUGCACUGUCACCAGUUUGUAGUGUGAGUGUAGUCCAGUGAAUUAGUGACUGAGCUGAGUGUGCUGGUCGAACAGUCGUGGCACAUACUGAGCAGAAUUCAACUUGAGUUGGUCUUCCAAAGGUCUAGGUUAUCUUCCAGGCUGUAGUGUAGCACGAUGUCUGUGUUUGCAUGUGGCUACAGCAGUAGAGCCUCUUCAUCUAGGCAUAGGGGCUCAAUUGCGUACGGUGACCCGAACGACACAAGGCCGACCCUCAGCGGUUGCAGGUACACCGAUAUGUCCGACACCACUGGAAGCCUGGGCGGUGGUAGUCAUGGCACCUCUAGGCCAACCAAGCAACGACCAAUGAACACACCGGACCGUGUCGGCGUGCAGCGUAGCACCAUGAGGGAAAACCCCCUACUCAUCCCGACUAAAGUUGGUGCUGUGAAAAAGGCAUCGUACGCCCUGCCGGACCUGCAGUUCUCCUACGGCAAGAAGACGAUAUCAAAUGAUGGAGGAACCGCAGCUGCCAUCGGUCACUGGAACUAUGGGAACGCCACACGGAAGAGCAUGGAACCGGCGCGAAUGCCGCGCGACUUCAUCAAACUGAACAAGGCGGCAGCAAAUGCAGGAUUGCGCAAUGCCAAGGAAGUCUACCAGUUCAGUGCCAUACAUGACUUUCGCAAGACGGAGCAGCAUGGCCGGCGACGCGCAUCGGACACAUAUCCGCCACCGGGCAUGACUUUCGGAAAACAAACACGGGCCAGCACACCACUGUGGGAUGUCCUUGGCAACCGUUACCAGAGAGACUGGAUUCAAGAUAGAUAUGAUGCGAGUGAGGUUUCACCAGAUAUAGAAGUCAAGGUAAAGAGUUCAUUGUAUUACCAUUUUCACAUGAUUUUGCUCGCUCACUCCCACACACUCUAUCCCUGUCUCUCUCUCUCUCUCUCUCUCUCUCUCUCUCUCUCUCCUCUCUCUCUCUAUAUAUAUAUAUAA